GUUUCGGAAAGCAGCUUGAAUAAUUUUCGAAUCAAAUAUACCUCCGCCAGUCAUCUACGUACAGUUAAACAAUACCGACGUUCCUGAGCGCGUCGAAAGCGACGAGCACGUCGCGACCGGACCUAAGAAUCAACGUAACGCGUUCCGUGCAACUUCUACCGCUAGCAGCACGAGUACGAAAUUCAUUAGUUGUCGAGCGCGCACCACCGCGUACGUUUCAAACCUUUCGCUUCACGAUCCAUUCGCAUAAGUGCGACUGCAUUUUACGAGCGUCUUGACAUUCCGCGUUGCUUACAACGAUCUUGGUCGAGUCGUUUCCUUUCAAAACGUUCUUCAGUAUUUCUAUGCAAAUUUUUAAUUAAUUUAUUUUUAGUAUACUAUAAUAAGAAGUACACGCGAAGUGAAGUGAACUCAAAAGUGAAUGGACACAUUGAUAGUAAAAGGAAUAGCUAACGUGCUAUCAUGCACGAGGUCAAACGAUAAAACCGGAAUGUGAAUUAAAAUGAACUGACCGAUAGUAUCCAGACGAUCGGACGAUCUUGAUAAUGCGGUGAUUGAUAAAUUAAGAGAAUGUCAGAGCCAUUAUGAGGUGUUUUAAGAAAUUCUUCCAGCACACCUGGCAGCCUCAACAGAUGGUGAUUGUGCCAUCCCCUGGAUCCAUAUGGGAUUAUCCGUACUUGGACCAGGUCACCAGCAUGAUGAGCUUGGUGUACGGGACGGGACCACCGAAACCUGAACAGGAACUAUAUCCUAGCAAGAUUCGAAAUCCAGAGACUCAUAUGGAGAGUCCUUCGAGGUUCGAGUUAACUAAAGCCGAGGUGAGAAGUGGCGACGAAACGGAAUUGGGCGAGGUGAAGGUGCAGCCACCGAUGAGCAGUGUCGCGACCUCGACGCCUGUUCAACCAGGAAAUAUACCGUGCAGAAAUGGCGGCUGUAAGGUUUGGGCGAGUCGCACGGAAUCGCGGAUGGAAAGUCCCUGGCACUUUCUAAAGACUGUGUUUCUGAUCUCCGUUAUCGCCGCCCUGAUCCUCUGGGUGAUAGUGUACACGUUCCUCGCCCAGUAUCAAAUCUUGUGAGAAAACUCGAGGGACCGUACGACCUUCCGUUCGGAGACGAACCGAUGGAAAAUUUGGAUGACUCACUUUUGUGCCUAGAACUCGCAGAAGCGAUGAUGAGAAUAGAAAGGAAGAGGAAGACUGUUUAAAAUUUACGACUAGUUUGACUUGGACACUGAACGUGAUAAGAUCGGACUUUUAUAAAUGAUGGUAAUAAUAUCUCUCAACGAUAUUUUCUCGAUACGAAUCCGUCCUUACGCAAAGCAAUAAUUGUGAAUAUUCGACUGUUCGUAAUUUCUGAACGUAUGUAAAAACCGUGGAAUUGCGUAAAAUUAUGAGUUUCUAUUUGCAUUACCGUCUUCGUCGAUUCGACGACGAAGAAAUACCCGGUGUUGAUACGUUCGAAAAGAAACGUGAGAGAUUUUUACGAUUACGUACAGAAUGCUAGUCUCUGUGAACUCUGUUCGAUGUCGACAUGUCCGCUUUAUUAACACUUUAUAUUUUAUAUUGACACGAGCAUUCGUCUAUUUGUAAUAGUAUACGAAUACUUAGUAUUAUUAAUUUUUUACCGAAUAUUUGUACAAGAAAAGAAUAAACCCUGAAUACGUUGAAACCGUUUUGCAGAUUCCAAUCUCUUACCCGAAACUUGAUGAAAAUUAUCUAACUAUCCAAAUGUAGUAUCUUAAGUUAACUUUGAUAACUUAAUUAAAUAUCACACAAAUCGACUUUUAUCGAAUCGAAUAAAUAGUACACGCGAGCCAGUGUUACUUAUUUUACUCGAUGUUCAAUAGUUUCAUCUAGAGCGUAGAUGAAAUAAGCCACAGAUGAAGCGAUCAAUUGAAUUCUUAACAGAUAUUAUCGUUUACAAGGACGGGGAUAAUAAAGGGUCCUGAAUGUGAAUGCGAAUUUCCGAUGAGAGAUGUCGAUCACAUUCUGUGGCAAUGCCUUCAAACAAAAAAUGCUAGAAAAAAAUUAAUAGAUAAAAUAGAAAAAACUAACUGGAGUCCAUCAGCUGCGACCAAAUUAUGAAAACUAUGAAUGUAAGAGCGCUUAAUGCAAUGAAUGAGUUUUUCAACCUACAUGAUAUCGGAUUAUACAAGCAGAAUUCAAUUCUUCAAAUUAUAAAAUAACUAUUUAUAGUUGUAAGUAAUAACAAAUAACUGUUACCCAAUAAUGCAAACAGAAUUGUACUUGCUCCUAUGGGUAAAAAGCUCGCGGAUGUUAAUAACAAUAAAAAAAAACAGAUAUCCUUGAGCAUUUGUUAUCAAUCCUUGUGCGAGCAAAAUGUAUCGAUGGAUUCCACUCGAAGUUAUCUGCGAAUAUAUGACGCUCUGACGCGAAAGAAAUCUGUCUGCAACGUUCUUGAUCAAAAUUCGCCGGAUGGGAAUCGCGACACGAAAAACGAUACCGAGGUCGAUACGCACUGUUUAACGACCCGUCCGAGUCUCGAAGCUGCGUCCCGCAUCUGAGAAUCAGCGGCCUCGAUAACAACGUUUUAUGAACAUUUCUCGAGACGCGACAUCCGUAGGACCUCUGGUAGAAUGUUUACGAAGCACAAGAGAUAGAUCAACGAUUGCCACCCGAGAGUCUGGAACAAAGAUCAACGGCUACUGGAAGUUGGCGUCGUCGCUCGACGGUACCACACGACUUUCGACUCGAGUCCCGUGAUAGAUGCCCCGAAAAGGAACCGUCCAGCCAGCAAUCUGAAGCGGGAAAAGGAGAGAACGGCUGCGCGACACUUGGAGAACUUUCGGUCUCAGGUUCGAGAUCCUCGCCAAGGGAUUUCACAGCAGAAUGACCCGGGAAAAGAAGACGUGACAAGACAAAAUACAACAGCGAGUGUAUCAGCGAACAAAGAAACGAAGAUAAAAGCUUCCGAUAGGCUGCAAAACCCGGAGAAUCGUGUUGCCAUUAAACUGACACCUCUCGAUCAGCCUGGAACCUCGAAGUCGUUGCAGUCUAACAAGAAAUCUGACUCCGAUCCGAACCGAGUGAAAAGAAGCAAAGCCACGCAAAUGCGACAGAAUCUGAGUACUCAGAGGUUGCAGAUUAACGAUGACACCGACGAUAGCUCCUCUCAGGAGGAGGAAGUUGAGAUGAGGCAAAAAUAUAUUUUGAUCGGAUGGGACAAUUUCCGUUGCAAGCUGAUGAUCGUUCUACUGGCUCUUCUCUUCCUAUGGGCAGUCAUUUACUUCCCUCUAUUCGCAACCUGAACUAUUUACAUCGUGUCUCGAUGCAAAGAUGACAAAAUACUAUUUCCUGUAUAUACAUACACACGUACCAAGCGUUCCAGUGUUGAUUACGAAACGAAUUUCUCGUUCCUAUUAUAUUGAACGUUGAUGCGAGAGAUGUUCGUUCGCAAAUGGUACUGCAUAAAUGUUAUAUUACGAACGAUCUCGUUUCUGAUCGAAACGCGGUUAUCGAAAAUACACCGAGUGUAAAUAUGUACAUACACCUUCCAAGAAUAAAACAUUUUUUCUUUUAACGAA